CAUAUCUUCAUUUUAUAAAAAAUUAAUAUAUAUUAACAGGUUAUUUUUUUUUUUUUAAACCCGAUAGAAAUAUUUUUUUUUUUUAACAAAACAUGUAUAAUCCACCACCACCACAACCAGGUAAUCUCCCACCACCACCAUCAAAUCUUCCACCACCAGCCAAUGCAGGUUCAUACCCAAGUGCUCCACCACCACAAGCUGGUCAAUAUGGUAUGCCACCACCACAAGCCGGCCAAUAUGGCAUGCCACCACCACAAGCAGGUCCAGGUAUUUCAUUAGUUAAAGAUCAACAAAUUUCAUUAAGCAAAGAAGAUCCAUAUUUAAGAAAGAUUACUGUAGGUUUAGGUUGGGAUGUUAACCAACAACCAGGUGCUCCAUUCGAUUUAGAUGCAGUUGUUUUUAUGUUAGGUCCAAAUGGUAUGGUCCGUGCUCCACAAGAUUUUAUUUUUUAUAACAAUAAAACCUCAAGAGAUGGUGCUGUAUACCACCAUGGUGAUAAUUUAACAGGUGCAGGAGAUGGUGAUGAUGAAGUUGUAUCAGUUAAUCUUCAACAAGUUCCAAUGGAUGUCACCCGUUUGGUUUUUGCUGUCACUAUUCAUCAAUCUGAACAAAGAAGACAAAACUUUAGUAUGGUUCCAAGAGCUUUUAUUAGAGUUGCUAAUCAAGAAACCUCAAGAAAUAUUUGUAGAUACGAUUUAACUAAUGAAGGUGGUAUGAAUACUGCUCUUAUCGUUGGAGAGGUUUAUCGUGAAGGCCCAGAAUGGAAAUUCAUAGCAGUUGGUAAAUCAUUUAGUGGAGGUCUUGGUUUCUUGUGUCAAAUUUUUGGGGUACAAUCAAAUUAA